GUCAUAUUUUGCAUCAUGCUUGUGAGUUUGCCCACGCCCACCCUCGGCCUUCUGCCUGUCUGUUUGUUGCCCUGUUUGUGCCCGGCGCCGUCGUCGACAUCAUCGGACCGUCACGCUGGAAACGCUGGACCCUGAGAAUAUCCCCCCCACUGUUUCUCCUGGAAUCCCACUGACCUGGUAAUCCCGCUCGCAGCUCCACUCGUUCCUCGUUGCGCUUAGCGCUACACUUGCCACCGCCGUCAAACCACUCGUGGCCAAGGACAACUACUUUGUUGACCCCGAUAGCGGCAACCGCUUCCAGAUUGUGGGCGUCGCAUACCAACCUGGUGGCUCUGCAGGCUACAAUCCGGACCUGAAGAAGGAUCCCCUUAGCGACAAGGACCACUGCCUGCGAGAUGCCGCCCUCAUGCAGGUUCUCGGCGUCAAUACCAUACGGGUGUACAAUCUCGACCCCAACCUGAACCACGAUGAGUGCGCAAGCAUCUUCAAUGCGGCUGGUAUGUACAUGCUGCUGGACGUCAACUCUCCACUCGUAGGGGAGAGCCUCACCAGCUUUGCUCCAUGGGAAUCAUACUACGACACCUACCUGAACCGCACCUUUGCCAUUGUCGAGGCCUUCAAGAACUACCCCAACACCCUCGCCUUCUUCUCGGGCAACGAAGUCAUCAGUGAUAUCGCGACGGGCUCGACGGUGCCGCCGUACGUCCGUGCCGUCACCCGCGACUUGAAGAAUUAUAUCGCCAAGCACUGCGACCGACCUAUCCCGGUCGGCUAUUCCGCUGCUGAUGUGCGCAAGGUGCUCUUCGACUCGUGGAAUUACUUCCAGUGCGCUAUAGAUGGCAGUGAAAAUGACAUCAGCAAGGCCGACAUCUUUGCCUUGAACAGCUACAGCUGGUGUGGUGAUGCAACUUUCACGUCCUCUGGCUAUGAUACCCUUGUGGAGGGCUUCCAGGAGAGCGCUGUCCCCAUCUUCUACUCCGAGUACGGCUGCAAUACACCUUCCCCCCGUCUCUUCACCGAGGUACCCGCCAUCUAUGGUUCGGAAAUGACCGCCGUCUUCAGCGGCGGUGUUGUCUACGAGUACUCCCAAGAAGAAAACAACUACGGCUUGGUCACGAUCCACAGUAAUGGCAGCGCCACUCUCCUCAAUGACUUCUACACACUGCGUGACCAGUACUAUUCUCUGAACUUCACCACCAUCCAGGGAAUCAAGCCCCCAACCAAGAAGGCACCGGUGGCACCCGUGUGCUCCGCCAAGUUGAUCACCAACAAAGGUUUCAGUACCAAUUUCACUUUGCCCGUUCUUCCGCCAGGUGUUAAGCAGAUCAUCGCGAACGGCGUGAAGCCUACCCCGAGUGGCCGACUUGUGGACAUCUCCGACUGGAAGGUCAAGUACACCGUCACUAAUCCCGACGGCACCACCUUGUCCGAACUUGCCGUGAAGCCACUGGCCAACGAUGCUGUGAACGAACCCGGCACCAACACCGUUGCUGGGUCCCCAACCGGCACUGGCGCGGCCAAGCCCAAGCCCAGUAAGGAUGCCGCUGGCGACAUGGUAGCGCCCCGAGCCAUCGGCAUCGCCGCCCUGGCCGCUGCGGUCGCUUUCCUCGGGGCUGGCCUCUAGAUGCGAAGUAAAUGGCGCCGGCGACCGUUCCGGUGAAACGGGAAAGGCUAGCCAGACCGGCCGCUGAUGAACUGUUUGAGGCGCUCUCGUCGUUUUGAUACCACUUGGCCAUUUUCGUUUGGUUGUUGAAAUUUCUGGGAUGGAAGCAGGGGACGGUGGUCGAGGGUUUGGUUGCAGACGGUGGCGGGAUGAUUCACCAGAUCUUUUUGCAGGAAACUAAGGUUCAGGUCUUAAGAGACAUGGAUAUCCAAGUCAGUUUCCCGACAGUAUUUUGGCUGGAUGGUCUGUCGCCAACCUACCUAGGUACCUAUCCAUUGUCCAUACAUACGAUGGGGGAUUACCUGUGAUUGCUUCAAGGGUGUUAGGCCCCCUCCAACAACCAGUACAUAAACAGGAGUGUUAUUAUAAUAAUAGAGGAUAAAGCAUUCAUUCAAUCACCAUGGCAGCAGAAUGGAUGUAUCGUAUAGAGCGGCUAUUGCCCGAUUAUUUUGAC